AUGAGUAACACCGGAGGAAAUAAACUGGGCAUGCCUUUGAAAGAGGUCGUGAGUGCGUUACUCAAAUUUGCCGAUACGUCACUUGCUGCUUCCUGGGACAAUGUUGGAUUACUGAUUGAACCUACAGAACCGAAAAAAGUGUCGAAUAUUCUACUGACGAAUGAUUUAACCGAAGAUGUUAUGGAUGAAGCUAUUGAAUUAAAAACCGAUUUAAUAAUCACGUAUCAUCCACUAAUAUUUGUUCCGUUGAAAUCUAUUACAACUUCAACUUGGAAGGAACGAACAGUGGCGAGAUGUCUAGAAAACAAAAUUGCCGUCUUUUCUCCACACAGCAGUUUCGAUUCUGUAAAAGGUGGUGUAAACGAUUGGUUGGCAGAAGCAUUUGGUAAGAAUUAA